AUGGCGGCGCAGUCGGGGACGUGUAGCUUAACGUCUACCGUGUAUUCCUCGGGCAGCUUUCGCGAUGCCGCCAAGGAGACGAUUAGCGAGCCAGGCUCGACGACCUCCAUGGAGUGGGAUACGCAGGUGGUGAAGGGGUCCUCGCCGGUCGCCUCCACGGGGUUAAGGGGCGAGCAGCCCACAGGCCCGAGACUGCCGUCGUGGCUGCAGCCGGAGAGGUGCGCCGUGUUCCAGUGCGCGCAGUGCCACGCCGUGAUCGGCGAUUCGGUGAACCUCGCCUGGAAUCUGUCGAGGACCCUCGGGGCCGUGGUCUUCUCCAAAGUCACAAAAAACGUCGUGUUGGAAGACCCUUUUCUGGUUGGCAUCGAGGGUUUGCUCAAGUGCAGCACUUAUAACCAGUUAUUCUGCAAUUCCUGUGGGAUUCUCAUUGGUUUUCAUCUGUAUUCCACGCAUGCUGCUUUGGCUCCCCUGAGAGGUUAUUUCUGUCUUUACAGUGAUAAGAUGAGUUGCUAUCUCCUAAAAACAAAAGCCAUGGUACACGCAUCUGAGAUGGAUGUUCAUGGUGAACCUCUACUAGAAAAGAUUACAGAGGGAUCAAACUCACGACUGCCAGCUUGCAAGACAGGCACUUAUGCCGCUGAGCUAAAUCCCCAGCCCUCUUUAAUUCAGUUUUUGUCCAACUUGGUUUGUGGCCAGAAUUGUGGAAAAAAACUCAUGAAUCAAGGUACCACUGUAGAAGUAUCUUAAAUGCGAUAUAUAUGUAUUUCAAGUGGGAAUGAUUUCCUGGAGUUGUUUUAUUAUACUACUAUCUUCUCACCAGAAACGAAGUGUUUAUAGAUGGACCAUACAGUUGCCCCACAGGUGAAGUGGGAAUGCUUUUCAGAUGCCAUCUGUUCCACUGGACAACAUACAACACAAACUAUAACUCCUUAACAAGAGACGCUGGUCCUUUGUGGGCAUCUAGAGCCUACUUCAGCUUAGGCCUAUGAAAAUUUCCUUCUUUCAUCAUUAUCAUUUAUAGCAUUCUCCAAAGUUAGCCAAUUCAAGUAACAACACACAGAAAUUUCAGUGCAUUGCUCAUGCUGCUUUAUUGCUUAAAAAUGUCUAUAUACACAGGUGCAGAGUUUCCAACUCUUUCACAGCUUUUUACGUCACAGAGUAAAACUUUUUCAAAACUUCCAAAGAUGCAUAGACUAAAACUUUUUCAAAACUUCCAAAGAUGCAUAGACAGCAAGCUGCCUUCUGUAAUACUUCAAACGUACCCCAUUUUAACAUUUUUCAACCCCAAUUAUGUAAUGGAAGAUAUGUACAAUAGCAAGUAAACACAAUAAGCAACUUCUGUAAAGGAUAGUAAAUAAACUAUUGUGAAAGGUACUCUAACAUUCUUAAAUCUUUUAAAUUAUAGGAGAUGAGUAGUUUUAAGGUUAGUGCCAAAACUAGUAUAGCUGUUUAAAGAUUUAUGAAAACCUAUUGCUAGAAUACUUUUUAAACCCCUGGAUGGAAAAAUGUUUUUUUGCUAGGCUGAGAAUCAGACCUGGGCCCUCACACAUGCCACACUCCCAAAUCAAAAAGUAUUUUGAUUUCAUGCCAUACAGUCAUCAAGGGAGAUAAAUAUUUUGCAAAUGGUCAGUAACCGUAAGUCUGAGCUCCUGGAGAAAUUUCCUAUGAAGUUUGAUUUUCCAGUACAAUCUAUUUCAAUAUAUCUUAGAGUAAUAAGAAGAGUUAAGAGAAAAUCUGACCUUAACUAUUAUUUGGUAGGCAAGGUAGCAGUAAGUGGCAAGGGACAUUUAUACAUGGGUAUGUCUCACUUCCUGCAUUUGUGUGGAAAUCAAACAUCACAAGGACAAAUCAUUCUCAAGCACUAACGUAACAAUUCCACUUAAUUCACUCUGUAUGUUAUUUGUAGUAAAGUUCGAUUACAAAGACUAAAGUUAAAAUAAUUUUGAAAAAAUGUUUUUCAAUUGUAGGACAUUAAAACUGGAAGGAACCUAGUGAAUCUCAUAAUCUUACUCUGAGUUUUGUUUCUUUCAGAUACCAUAAAUUCGAUUUGUACAUUACUUAUCAUAAAUACUUGUGUUAUGUUUGCUUUUUGCAGUACUAGGUACUUAAAACAGGGUGUUGUACAUGUUUGGCAAGUGCUCUAAAACAGCUCCGUGCCUAGACUUUUGGAAAAUGUUUUUCAGUGUCUUGCUAAAUUACCCAGAUUGGCCAGGAACCUGCCUUGCCUUAGUUUCCCAAGUGCUGGGAUAAUAGGCAUGUGCCAUUGCGCCCUGCUCUUUUUAAAAUGGGAAAAACUUUUUGUUCACCUGGAUCAAAACUGUUAGGAAAGGAGUUGUGCACUCUGACCAAAUCAUCAAGAUCAAACUGGCUAUAAAAAAUAAUAAAGUUUUAAUACAAUAGAAAGUACUAUGUAUUAGUAUUCUCAGCUCUUCCUUUAACAUGCAAAGUCUGUUGCUGCUGAUGUCCUUUCUGAGUGAUCAAUACUAGUACCACCCAGCACAGUUAGUUACCCCGUUACUUAAAAUCCUAAAACAUCUGAAAUAAUGUGCACAUUAACCUUAUUAGCUUCCACAACACUAGCUUGUUUUUGCUGAGAGGGUUUUGCUGUGUUGCCCAGGCUGGCCUCUAUCUCAUAGGAUCAAGUAGUCCUCCUGCCCUAGCCUCUGGAAGUAGCUGGGGCUAUAGGUGUAUGCCCUUGUACCUGGUUCUACAGACCAGUUUUAAGAGACUUCAAACUUAAACAGACAAACCUUUGAAUCUUAAGUAGUUCACAUGCACUAUUAUUUCCUUUCCUGCCCUUUCUGAAACUCUGCACCUUUUUGAUUAUUGUAGCCAUAGCAGCUUAUUUAAUAAACAUGCAUAAUUUCUGCCUUUUCAAACAUGCUUGAGGACUAAAGGAAAUAAUAAAGAGAUUAGAGAGUAAGCAUUGCUGUGCUCAUUUAUUCCUUAUAGUAUGAAUGUCUUGUGGUUGCCCCUUUAUCUACUACUUAUCAUUUGCAACAGAAGUAAAAUAAUUUUCAAUCAGAAAAUGAAAAAUAAUAAACAGUAAAUUCAAGCUAUUUAUAUUGCUUCAUUAUAAAUAAAUGCAUAUAUAAAAUUACUAGUAACUACAAUACUAGAAAUUUGCAAUCAUGCAACAGAGUAUUAGUAUAUUACCAUCAGACUUAUAUGAACCUGCAACUAUUGCUUGAACUUUCAACCUGACCCAGUUUUAAUAAACAUGCAGGGUAAAUCCUUUGACUCAGAGGAAAUUAUAUUAACACAUGCAAAUUUUCAAGUGGAAGUUGCUUCACAUGUAUCACAACGCUGUCUUAGAAACAGCAGCUUAAGUCACACAAAAGGUUAAAAUUAGGAUCACUGUUCAGUAAUAAAAGGCUCAUAUUCAAAUCCUGGCCCUUUUGGGUAAAGAAAGAAUUGAAAGAUGCACAAGAAAGAAUUGUGGAGCAGUAAGUUUUCUGGGCCAUUUACUGACAGUAUCUAAGAGCAUGGGUGGCAGGGUGUAUGGUGAACUGCUCUUAGGCAGAAUGGUUCCUUCUCCAACUCACGCUAAUGAGCAGCCUCUGCACAGCUCCUGAGGGCAAGGAGUUGAUGAGUAGUUACUAAAAUGUAAACUCACGCAUUGAUGCCCUGAAGUUUAAUACAACCCUCUGCUUUUAAAACCACUGGCUGAGAUCCUUCCAAAAUGAUUAGCAUCCAAGCAGUGUUAUGAACUAUAAGCAACUUGCUGGCACCAACAGCACCAUGAGAAUGUAAACUCCUUGAGGCCAAGGGUCUCUUCAUAGUUUGCAUAUCACAAGUACAGAGUAAACAAGAGACCAGACCACAAGAACUUCAAAGAGCAACCAGAUAUGCUAAGACUACAGACACUUGUAGCAUAGUUUAGAACUAUUAAUAUGGUUUUUAAAGGUAAUCUUUAAUUGUUUGAAGUAAAUGGACAUCACUGUAAUUAGUAGCCAUGUCCUCAUGACCAUGCAGAUGUCUGAAUAUUGCUUGGUUGUUCUGUGUCUAACACUAACAAAAAUGACAUUAAAGAGCCAUCAUCAAUUUAAUGCAGCCUUUUCCUUGACCACUGAAGCUACCACAUACAGUAAUUACAUAUUCAAGAUUCAUAGAUCUUUACCACUUCAGUUUCUUCCCCGCUCUGCAAUACAAUCCUUUAAAGCAAUCUUUAAAUUGCUCAGUCAAUAUGGACACCAGGUGAAAGGAAGUUAAAUCAGCCCAGUUCUACUACUAUACUCUCAGGGGAGCUAUGUGAUCAAGAAAGCAGCCUGUCAGGUCCUUAACAAAAGCAGUAGCCACACGCCACAGGCUUCAUCCUAUCUACAUUAGUUAGGAUUUUUUUAAAAAUGUCAUUAUCUUUGGCUAUUUCCCUCAAUUCUUUUGCUCCUUACACUUCUUUCUUUUGAGACAGGCUCUCCUUGAACUUGUGGCAAUCCUCUUACCUCAGUUUCCCAAUUGCUUGGAUUAUAGGCAUGCACUACCAUGUCUGGCAACAGCUUCUUACCUUCAUUUUUUUGACUGACUUAAUCAGGAUAACAUUGAAAGUGCUUUAGUUCUGUAAUAAAGCUUCUUACCUUUAAAACUUAAACUUCUUUCAUCAUAAGCAGAAUGAAAAGCCAGCUAUCCAAGUUCUUGGGAUUUUUUUUAAAAACCCUAAUCACUUACAUAACAUUCUUCCUUUUUAAAAAUGUGCCCAGGAAUCCAACAGAAGAAGGUAACAAAGCGGAAAAGAUGGCAUUCUAUACAGCAAAUGUCUGCUGCCAACCAGUAAAACUUAAGCAUAACCUCCAUAUGUGGACUUCUGAGGUUACAGGAGUAUAUUUGUUUCUAGAUUAAGCACUAGAAAGACUUCAACAGCUCUAAGCCUUUGCUUUGGGAAAGAAAUAGUUUUUAAACUUUAAAAUACACAAAAGUUGGUAUUUCUCACUUAGGUAUAUUAAUAUACAUUCAUACUAAGUAUCUUUUGUAUGCUCUUUACCUACAACAUUUUUUUCCUUUUGUGCAACUCUGUUAAUGACAGAGCCCCACCAACUCAAGUAGUAAUCACUUAUCCUACUGUAAAGUUUGCAAAUACAAUUCAUUAUACAUGCAAAUGUUAUUGCUACUGAAAUUCUACCUCUUGAAAUUAUCAGUUCAUUUUAUGGCUUGUUUUUAACAGGAAAUAUCCUUCCCUAUAUAGUGUUAUUCUGUAUUCAUUACUCUGAGUUUUUAAAAAUGCUUUUCAUAAACAGAUUCUCCCAGGCACUAAGCUAUUUGACACAGAACUCAACUAUUGUAUGCACACUAUGAGAACCUAAACCUGGGUCCCUAGAGAUCUGCUACCAGAAUCUACUAAUUCUAAAUUUGCUUGACAACACAUGGAAAUAGUUUAAUUUCCCAUCACACUACUGUAGAAUGUGUCAAUCCUCGAUUCUCAAUAUUGAGAUCUUAGAAGCACUCCAAAAAACUGCUACCUUCAAGGUAGCUUUUAGAGGUAGAAUUCCUUUUUACAGAAAAGCAAUUUUUGCUUUCACAACAAAACCGUUUUAUUUCUGUAAAGAAAGUAGAAAAAAGUGAAAACUGUGAGACUUGCUAUAACCAAGGGAAAGCAACCACUUAUAACAUAGCAACUGAGGAAGGUUUCAUCUAGCUGCCUUUCCAAUUCUCAUGAAAAGCUCUGGAAUCCCAUCAAUAUACAACUCAGCAAACUUAGAAAUAUGUUAACAAUCUAGGAUUCUCCAAACCACCGACAGAGUUCUUCCAUUAACCCAUGUACUGUAAACAGGAAAUCUAAAUGGCCUAGAGAUUAGGUAGCUCUCACUGAAGUAACAACAUCUCAGUAAGACAUGCAAAAUAUAAAAUAAUUUCUGGAUGCAAAAGGACUAGAAAAAGGAAUCCAAGUAAUACAAUGUGAAGACUUACAAGAACAAGGUUACCUCUAACCAAGAAAGCACUGCAGAAUUAUAAAAUGACUGUUUUGAUUUAAGGUUUCAUAAGAUACAAAGGCAGGUAUUUCUAGCUACCUUGGGGAAAAUUUAUGUAUCUUCAAUGUUUUGGAUUGCGAACAAAGAUUUCUGGGGUUUUUGGCCUUAAUUUCAUUUCCCCAGGAAGAAUAUCAGAUUCAAAUAUUUAUGAAAAAGUCUAGAUUUUCCACUCAUUUUAUACUAUUGGUUAUUAUCAAUAAUUCAUUCUGAAUUAUUGAAAUUUCUAGGCUCAUGCACUAACCCCUAACAUGGCACUACAAUAUGCUACCAAGCACUAAUGCUUACAAAACUAUACACGUCUCAAAAUGGAAGACAUUGGUGAUUUUGUUGUUCUUAAACAACUUGUAACAUUUGUCCACAAGUAUUAAAAUAUAUAUAUAUUUCUAUUGCACAUAUCCCGUUUUUAAAAUUUCCAAAGGAAAAACUAUCAGAUAAUGUGAAUGAGCCAAGAAAAGAAAGGAGGCACAGCUACAGAUCAAGGUAUAGUUCUAAAAUUAAUAGUUUUUGCUAUUAAUGAGACCAAAAAUUAAAUGCAAAAUAAUACAGGGCAACAACUGAUAAUUUGCCCAUUUGGUCAAAUGUCACCUGGUGUCAACCCUGGAACAUGUGAGAACAAUGUCACUGAAAGACAGCACUGAAUGCACAAUGUAAGUACACUGUUGCCCCGACUGACUUGCUUUGAAAUUUUCUUUUUAUCUUUGAACAUGGAUGGGUGGGACAGAGGGUAAAGAAAAUGAUAGCAUUGAACACUGACUCCCUGAACUGUAGGCUGAAAAAUAUAAAGCAUUUGGAGAUGGAUCUGAUACCUGUUCAAAUAGGUGGGUUCAAUCUGGUUUCACUGGCAUUGACAUUCCCUGCCCAAUGACCCUGAUGCAAAGUUACCAAAGCAUCAUGGAGAUAAUGAACAACAGAAAACUGGAAGGUCCAAUGUAACCAUGAUAGGUUCGCAACCUCUCAGUGGGACUCAUGUAUGGAGGUUCCUUUUUUCUCAGUACUAGGGAUCAAACCCAGGAGCCUGUAUAUAGGCCAUUCCUCUUAACACUGAGCCACAUCCCCACCCUUAUCUAAAUUGCCCUAUACCCUUAUCUAAAUUUUAGUUUGAGAUAGGAUCUAAAUGGCCCAAGCUGGCUUGGAACUUGUGAUCCUUGGCCUCAGCCUCCUAAACAGCUGGGAUUACGGGCAUGUGCCACCACACAUAGCUUCAUUCUGUCUCUUACUGUUUUAAAAUACUAAUGAAAAAUAUCAAGAAGUGGCUAGGGGAUUAAGAGAAAAAUUUAAGUUACCUUUAGAUAGUAUUAUUUUCAUUAUGCCUUAUCACUAACUGCCCUCAAAAGAAGUUACAUUUUGUCUUGUAUGUUUUAUGAAAAAGGGUUUUCCUCCCUAUUUACAUUAAACAGAUUGACCAAUCUGACUAAUCAUUACAAUAUUCAACAUUGACCAUUUUAGGUUAUUUCUAUCACUCUCAAAUUUUGGUAAACCUACCUAAAAUUCCUGGCAUCACAGCACCCACACCUCUGGGGAACCAUUCCACAGAACAGAGUAAUCAUUUUUCAAGUUCUUUCUCUACUCAGAAAGAAUGAAAACCAAAGGUUUCCCUUUUCUUACAGAAACCUGACAUCUCAUACUAUAGUCCCCUGUUGAUUUGGAGGGACAGGGUUCUAUGACAGUGUGUUUGCUCAUCAUAGAGUUAACUGUGGAGGGAAAAUAAAGUAGAUCGAUAAUUCUUACUGGAACUACUUUUCUUGAGUUCUUUUCAGAUCCUAAAUUUCUUCUAAAUCUCUAAUGAUCAAGCACAGGAUUGAGAACAUUACUUCUAAGGCUCAUUCUGAGAAGAAAGCUCAGUUUUAAAUAGGGAUAUUUGGGGCUGGGGAUUUAGCUCAGCGGCAUAAGCGCCUGCCUUGCAAGCAGGCAGUCGUGAGUUCGAUCCCUGGUACUGAUAAAAAGCAAAAGGACAAAAAAAAAAAAGUAUAAA